AUGGCAAAGGGCAAUUAUAUCAUUGACAUAGCUGGUACACAGAGACAAGAGGGCGAUGAUAUUGCAAACGAUGACGACGAUUUUGACGGUCAUCUUACAGAGCUUGAUGAGGACUCUGAAACUGAUAAUACAUUGAUAAAUGAGACAGUAACAGAUGAAGGAUCAAUUUUUCCCACAGCCUCGGUAAGUUCAAACAGCAAAAGAAGUAAGGGUAAAGGUAUAAAAACUAGAUCAAUGAAAAACGACCAAAAUGUUAUGAAAGAAGAAAAGAAAACUGUUGUGAAAACACUAAAAGGUACAAUAAAAGUAAACAAGGCCAGGUUUGAACCAAAACAAGACGAAAAAUAUCAAAUAAAAGUGGAUGUUAAGUCAGGCAGUGCUGAAGUAAAACGAGUUAUUAAGAAAGAACAGAAGUCGCCUGUUAAAAGGCAAAUGACAAAAGUUCGGCCGAAAGAUACAAUAAAGAUAGAAUUAAAAAGUGAUGAAGAUAACAAUAAAGACAAGAAAGAUGCUGAUAGUAAAAGUAAGACAACGAUUCGACAACAGACUGCUUUAAAAACGAAAUCUGAUUUGGAGAGCACGAAAAUAUCUGCCAAACGAGCAACUGGUCCAGUAAUAUCUUUCCCGUGUGACCACUGUAAGAAAAUUUUUUCGAGUGAAGAGUUUCUGUCAAAACAUAAAGAAAAUGCUCAUUCUAAUAAAUACUCGAGUACGUAUGAAGAGUGCGUGAAGGAAUUCCCCUCGGAGCAAAAGUUGAAGCAACACCAGCUGAUGCAUAACGAGAGAAGUUUCAUGUGUAGUAUUUGUGGAAAGAUCUGCAGCAGUAAAGGUAACUUUCAAAUCCACAUGAACUCUCAUACGAAUGAACGUAAGUUUGAAUGUGAUGUAUGCAAAAAGGCAUUUAAAACCAAAGAUGUGUUAUCAAAGCAUAAACGAAUCCAUGGAGAUACUCGUCAGUUUUGUUGCGAAAUAUGCGGUUGGGGUUUCAAUCAGUCUGGAAGUUUGAAGAAGCACAUGGACAGCCAUCUCAAUAUCAAGCGUCAUCAAUGUGAGGUUUGCAGUAAGAAGUUUGCCAACAAAGCUUCGCUUGCUAACCAUAAAUUACAAAGUAAUCAUUUUGUUGAAGGAGAUGAAAAGGACACUGUAAAUGCAGAAAAGGCAAAGAAGUGUGAGUACUGUGACAAACUGUUCCCGCCCAAUUCCUUGGAAAGACCCACAAAAGUCGUUGAAAAUAUUCCCGAAACUUACGAGCAAGUCUCGCCAGCUAGUAGUUCACAAGGUAUGCAUGGAGACGCUGUGAUGAACUUUCACGCGGGAUUUACUGGGGAUGCAAUAGCGACGGCAAUGGCCAUAGCAAGUGCCGAGGACCACGACUCCGACAUUCCGAAACAUGAAACGGAUCUCUCAAAUAACUCAGGAGCCAUAGAUGCUGCAUGGAUGUAUGUUAAACCAUGGAAGUAA